UAAAAUAAAUGUAAUGUUGACCCAAUAGUCAUCUUUGUUUCUUGUGACACACUAGAUGAGCGACAUCGUAUUUGUCCUUCAUCUUUUGAUGUUGCCUGCCACAUUGAAUUAGAGGAAUAUAUAAAUUAUUAGUUUUCAGGAUGAAUGCUGUUUUAGGUGUUCCGUGGGUUGAGAAAUAUCGUCCUGAAUCAUUCAGCGAUAUCAUCUCUCAUGAUGACAUUUUGUCUACACUGAUGAAUUUUGCUGAGAAGGGCCAGCUACCGCAUUUGUUAUUUCAUGGACCUCCAGGUACUGGGAAGACAUCUACCAUCAUGGCAGUAUCACGUUACCUGUAUGGUUCGCAUCGCCAUUCUUAUGUAAUGGAAUUGAAUGCUUCGGAUGAAAGGGGUAUAGAGACAGUGCGUGAGCAGAUAAAAACGUUUGCUGAGACAUCGAAUACGUUUUCCAGUGGAAUUGUAGGCAGCGAUUCUGGUCCACGCACUAACCUCAAGUUGAUCAUUCUUGACGAGGCUGAUCAGAUGACCAAUGCUGCCCAGAAUUCAUUGCGUCGUAUAAUGGAGAUAUAUUCUUCAAACGUUCGUUUUUGUCUUAUUUGUAACUUCAUGAAUCGUAUUAUUCCUCCUAUUCAAUCACGUUGCACUGGGUUCCGUUUCCCUCCUCUUAAAAAUGAUGUUGUUAAGCGCCGCACGGCAGAUAUUGCAAAGGCGGAAGGUUUGACUGUAUCUGAGUGUGCUUUGGACACAUUGGCUGAGAUUGGUCAAGGUGAUAUGCGGCGGGUACUGAACUGUUUACAGGUAACGGCUAUGUCGAUAGGCGCCACUCGUGACAAGGUCAUUACUAGUGAUGUAGUGAUCAGUACAGCAGGUUUACCAAAUCCUACAGAAAUAAGCAAAUUGCUGCAGCGGUUGAUGCAGGAGUCGUUUAAGGAUUGUGUUGACUAUGUGGUUACUUUGAACCAAGUUCAGGGUUAUUCUGUAGAGGAUCUUGUUACUGCAUUAUAUCGCUCAAUUUUACGCAUUGACUGGCCCAAUGUUGUAAUUGUACAGCUUUUAAUUCGUUUAGGGGACAUUGAACAGCGGUUGUCUGCGGGUGCCUCUCCCUAUAUUCAAAUCGCAUCACUAGUAAGUGCCUUCGCUGAGGUGCGCUUGGAGAUCGAGCGUUUGAAGUUCGACCUUAAAUUCAAGUGAAAAACACGUUUAAAUAGUAUAGACAAAAUGUAUUAUAUAUUGUAUACGAUAAGAGGAUGU